CGACCAAUUACAGUUCUGUUACAGACGCAUAGGAUCAGUGGAAAGAGAAAGCCUGCGAAGCAUGAAUCAUUCAAUGUUACAGGCGAUGGUCACCGACGUCUAGGCCGUUCAGCAUGAGGUCGAAAGGUAGUAGUCUGUCGACUGCGUGAGCAAACAGUGCGUGUCAGAGAUCUUUUCGAGUUUCGAACUGAUUGAAACAACAAUUUGGCAAAAGUGAAGCGAGCAAUAACGAAUAUGAGAAUCAGGACGUGCCUGAUCACCGUGAUUGUGAUUUUAUUUAUUUUCGCGGACACAGAUGGUCGUAAAACCAGCGGACGGAGGAGCGGUAGUAGUGGAUGGGGCUCCUCUUCCUCUCGAAGGCGAGGUACUUCUCAGAGAACAACUCAACGGCCACAGACAGGCUCAAAUCCGAGUAAAAUAGGAUGGAACGUACCACAGAACACUAACAAUAAAGCAUCUGGGAGUUCCGGGACCAGCAAUGUCAAACCUCCAGUAUCUGAACAAGCUUCCAAGACUAGCGCGACGAAUGUGCAAUCAGGAUAUCCGGCUGCGAACGCACCACCAUAUACUCCAUCGGGCGGAUAUCCUCGGCAGCCCGCCAGCAAUCCUUAUGGCGGCACGAGUUACAACCAAGGCUACCCGUCCUACAAUGCCAAUCCUUCGUACCCCGGUUACGGUGGGCACUCACCGUAUGGCCAGGCUUACAAUCCGUCUAUGCACCAUAACGCGCCACCAGCCUACAGUCCAUACGGUGGGCAAUCCUACGGCGGUUUCGGUGGACAGCAAUCGUUCGGUCAACCGUCCCACGCCCAGCCAUCCUACGUUCAACCGGCUAUCGCACAAGCGCCAGCACUCACCGUCCUGCAACCGAGCCGACCUGGUAUCGGUCAGCUGGCCAAGGAAGCGCUGGUUUACUCCAGUGUGAGCGCGGGCGUGAGCGCGGCUGUGAACAGAUUGUUACCAGGUGGCAUCUCUGGCAGAAGCCCGGGAUACGGACACAACAGCGACGGCGCCGGUGGUGGUAGCCGCACCGAGAUUACAUAUAAUAAUUAUUAUUACAAUCAAUCGAAUCCGACUAAUGGAGAAGCACCGGCUGCGCCUGCGAAUAAUAACGGUGCUCCUGCCGCCGCCGCUGCCGCCUCCAAUCCACCCAGCUCUGCAACGCCGGUUCAGCCGCCACCGGAAGCGGAUAAAAAGGCUGAAGCUAGCGCACCUAGCAAUGCUAAUUCGCCUAGCCCUCAGCAAGAAAGCAAUCCGACUCAGCCGAAGUAUCCGAUCUCUAACGAUGAAGUGAAGAAGCUGGCGGAAAGUCUUUUCGAGGCGGAUAAGAACAACGCAUACAAGUACAUCACUGUAAAUCUGCAGGGUGAGACGAAAGAAGAUAGUACCGCGGAUGACGCUCCUUUGCCCCUACUCGACGUCAAACCGGAAGCGUAUGAAGUCCCGACGAUUAAAAGCGUGCUGGCGUUGUACGAUAAUUACGCGAUAGACGUUAAAACGAAAGAGACUGUCACGCCAGACGAGCGUAAGGAGGAAACGGAGCUGCUCGACAACUUCAUGGAGACUGAUGUAUUUAAAACGGCAAUGAAGUACCUGGCCGACAAGGGAUUUAUUCCAAAUGACGAGUACGAGUUUAAAGACACUCUGAAACGUAUUUGGUUCUCACAAUUUCAACGAGUUGAAGGAGAGCCGUCUAGUUCUGGUUUUGAGGCAGUGUUCCUCGCAGAGAAGCUCGAUUCCUACAUGAUCGGGCCACAAAAUUGGAUUUACUUUGCCAAACAGGAAGCGCAGAAGAAUCUCGACUAUCGCGGAUACAUAAAGGAUAUUAAAUUAGCGGACAAGGCAGAAGUUAUCAAGAUACGUUCGGCAUUCAAUGUACCUGACACGAAACAUUCAGUCACGACCCUUCUCGUCGGUCUUUCACCCGAGUUAGAAAUGGCUCUUUACACAGUAUGCUUCUACUUACGUCCGAACGACGUUUGUCCGGUAUCAUUGGGCGGAAAAGAUGUCAAUCUCGUUUCUACCAGAUUUAAUUAUUUCGGUAAAGAUAUUCUGAUCGCCGGCUUUGUCGCAUGAUGAAAUUCGAAUUAAAGCUUUUUAAGAUUUUUUAUAAAUUGUAUGAUUAAAAAUUUCAGUAGUACCUCUAAGAAAAACGUUCAGACAAUCUUAUGUCAAAAUUAAUCUGUCAUAAAACAAACAAAAUUUUUAUGUUUUCAUACCGCUUUUAGUUUGAUACACACACACACACACA